CAGAAAUGAGGGCAGUGGUCGUUGAAUUAGGACCCAAAUUCUUGAUGUCCAGUCGCGCAUCAUACUAAAAUCGUCAGCAGUGUUCGAAUAGUCUGUCGCUGUACAUAUUUCAGUCUAUGUGAUGUAUCUGAAAGGACAAGGCCUCACUUUCAGGGUGCUUUCCUUUGGUUUUGCUUCUGUUCUUUUGUUCACAUGGUUUCAUUGCCGGGCUGUUGCAGACGAAGGUGAUGACCUUAUUAUUAUGUUUUUAGCUAUAUCGUAAACUGGAUAUUUUUGCUGGAAUAGCAUUUAAAGCUUUCAGAUUAACUAUACUUUCAGUUCAUUUUUGGUAAUGUUAUGCUGAAAGCUGCCAUCUCCUUUGUAUCACCAUUGCAUUCUCUUUCACCUUCUUCAGAAAGCAAUGAAGAUCAAUUUUUUUCCGAGAAUACCAGAUUGCGAAAAAAAGUUUAAACCUGUGUCUUGGAUGAAGUGUUUGAAUUUGUUGCUAAGACACUCAUCCAUUCACUGUUGAUCAAAAUACUGCUGAGUCCUCUUACAAUAUGAUUAACACUGAACUUUGGGGAAAGAGCAAUGAUAUAAAAAAUGUUUCUGAGGAUAAUGGUAAAAUAUGAGAGGAGAAAGAAAGAGAGGGAAAAUAAGUAGAGGAGUAUGAGGUUUGGAUUAUUCAUGCAUCUGUUUCAAAGUUGCAUAUUCUUGAAAAGUGCUGCAACUGCUUUUUUUCCCUACGAAAAAGAGACAGUAAGUUUGAAGGAAGUCAACGUAUACUGAAAAUUAAGUGAGGGGUAUCUUAAGAACACGCCGUCAUAAUGUUGAAGAAUUCAUGACGAUAAAUUUGUUUCAUCGAUCCCUUUGCUGAAUUUUCUCUUUGUUAUAUUGUUCUUAUAAAGAGUAUAAAAAAUAUAUUUUCAUGGAAACUUGCCAGCUUUAACCGGUUGAUUUUCGGAAGUCACCUCUGAUGUUAGGUGUUGCCAGUUUACGAAUGCAAGAUAGCGUAGAAAAACAGGCUUGGUGUGAUGUAAUUCGGCUGUCUUAUAUAUAAGAUAUUGAAUUUGAAAUCUUACAAAAAUAUGGGAAAGGAAAAAAUAUCAAUAUACUUCUUACGGAUCAAUAAUUCAAAGUUUUAAACAGGAGUAGGCUUCCUGUAAAUGCUAAUUAAAUGAUAUAGGCAAAUUUCAGUCUAGGUUUACAUAAAUUUACUGCAGGUUUUCAAUUGAUAUGUGAUCUGUUACCGAACACAUUUAAUAAUCAGGCCGUAGAAUUUUACCAUAUCGUUUUACACUUUGUCAAGUUCCUUUCAAUUUGUUAUAAAAUUGCUUGAUUCAAAUGCCGGGGAACUGAUCAGAUUUCGGUGGCCUGGUGAAGAUAGCAUAUAACUUCGUCCUCGAAAUGCAGUUUGGACUCCUUGAACUUACAAGGAACUAUUUCCAUUUACUAAUAAAAAUACUGGUUGUUCUAACGCAGGCUUCUCAUGGUACGUAAAGCGUUUUAGACUGACUCCUGAUUAAAUAUCGUUCAUGAGUACAAUACUUUUAACUUAUCAUUUAUCAUUCCCUUCUUCAUUUCUAGAAACAAAAGUCGUCGAUAUGCGAGGUAAACCUCUAAGCCGAGGCACAGGUGAAGGAAUACCUUAUGCCAACUUUAAGACACACAAGUUUUCCUACCUCAACAUCACUACUAUUGGCUCGGAUUAUGUUGGAAAGGGCAGCGAGUGUGGAUUUGCUUGUGUCAACCUUCCGUCGUGUUUUUCGUUUAACCUGGCUGCAUUUCAUGAUAUGAAUGGCAAAGUUCUGUGUGAAUUACUUCCAUCGGAUUUGUACAACAACUCAGACAAGCUUGUCCCUAGUCAGAGUCACCAUCACUAUAGUAUCGCAGUAAGUUGGAAAAGAAAAAACGUUCACUCUGUUUUUAUAAAAGGAAAAGAGGAAUUGCUGCAAUUGCUAAUGCCGGUUUUUACCUAAAAGCCUAAAAGCUAACUAGUCCAAUCUGACAACAGUAACAUUUAAGCCAUGUGUUUUUCUUUUGAAGUUUCUUUAUAGUGGAAGGAGGACAGUGUGGUUAAUUGCAGAAAAAGGAAGAGGGGUUGUUUGAGCGGAAGACUUACAAAGAAUUAUUGGUAUUAGCGGGGAAGGUUUAAUUAGAGAUACUGACUAUUUGGAAACACGGUCCAUGAUUAUAUACAAAAUGAUUGGUGCCAUAUCUUUCUCGUUUCUUUCUCUUUGGUAUAUGUUUUCUUUAGUCUCCAUGUUUUAAAUGGCCUUGUCAGAACAAUGGGAAAUGUGCGGCACAGUACGAGAAGAACAGUUACGAGUGCGUUUGCGCGAAAGGAUACACAGGGGAACAUUGCGAAACGGGUGAGACAUAAUUUAGUGUACAUUUACAACACUGCUUCAAACUUAACUGACGGCGUAAUUCUCUUCUAUUACCGGAAAAUGACUCAAAGCUUUGCUGUUUACCACUUUCUUGUCCUCAUCGAAUAGUUCCAAAUUCUCCCGUUAAUUCACUCCUACCCAAGUUAAUUUCGUUUAAUGUUCAGAUAUGGACGAGUGCAGUGCUUCCAUCUGGCCUUGUGACGUUAAUGCAAACUGCCAGAACACCUAUGGCUCCCACAAGUGUUCCUGUAAAAGUGGAUUUUAUGGAAAUGGAAAAACAUGUAUACAUAGCGGUAAACCCUGUUUGUUAUUUGUUAGUCACACUACUUAGAGUCAGUUUAUUAGUUAGGCUAUAACUAAUUCCUCUCCACCAGUUUUAAUAACUUCACCUUUUUUUAAAUAAGCUUGCGCUCACUGACCAAAAACAACAUUUUCAUACCGAAAGCUUUUGGCCUCUGGUGUAAGGCUUUCAAAGAUUUAUUUGACAAGGAGCUAGAAGAUAAAGUAAGAGAAAUGUAUGGUUUAUAAAACAUAGGAUUAUUGCUUUGCAACAACUAACAACCAUUAUCUAUUUCACAUCUCCAAACUUUCUGGCCGAUUAUGGAUAUCAGGUGGUAAAACCGAGAAAGUGCCCCCCAUUUUUUUAUUACACAAGAAAGCGAGGCUCUGAAAAUUGCAAUCGGUGCCCUAAAUCCGUGGUUAUAUCGAUCUACCUCUGGCUCAAAAGUUGGUCUUCAAAGAGUGUCUUAAUGUAGUGAUGGUUUUUACGGCUAACGGUUAAUAUUUUUCAUUAUGGUCACCGCAAAUUUUUUAUUUUUUUAUUUUUUUUUUUUUUUUACCACCGAUAAAAACAGAAGAAGGGUGGGAACAUUGCACAAUUCGUUUCAAGUUAGAAAGAGAAUACAGAGCUAUCCUCUACAAUAUUCCCAUCAUAUGCCAGAAAGACGUAGAAAUAAAAUUAAAAUGUCCAUGCACUAUAAUAAUAAUAAUAAUAAUAAUAAUAAUCAAAAAACAGAAAAUAUGAGAACUGUUUUUUCACUACAGGCUGGACUCUUAUCGCUCGAUUCUCAAACAGUGAUGGCAAAAAUUGGAUGCGUGACGAUGGUAGAUGGUGGUAUGACCAACAAAUUGCCAUUGGAGCGACAAACAACUCUUCAAAGAACGACGAUAUGAUUUCAACAGCCUUUUGGUCGGUCAGCGGCAGAGAAUUAAAAAUCACGCGCAGUGACGACCCCAGCCACAUCCCUCUGUUACAGACCACAGGUAACUGUUUGGGUGGACAAACAUUUCGAUCUAAAAUCACAAGUUAUGGCGACUUUAGAAAUGGCACGGUCUGGGCCAGUGAUCAGUGUCUGGGAAGUUGUCCAGUUCAAUAUGGCGGACAGUACAAGUCAACAGACGGGUUUCAACAAGCUAACUGCAGUGGAGAUAUCCAAAGCGCUAACAAGAUCGGCUUCUGGUGUGACUGGAGUACUGGGGAUGGAGCAGUGAUGAUGAUUGGUGGGGGAGGGAGUGGCUGUGCACGUGCUGAUCAUGGGAUUGGGAUCACAGAAGCUAACGCUGCUUCUUUCGUUGAAGAAGGAGGUAGUGAAAUUGAAUAUGACUUUGGUUACGAUGCCUUGUCAAACACCCCUCCAAACCAGUCCUACUCGUUGAACUUAUGGAUUCGUUGAAAAUUAUACGAUCUUUCUUUUUCAAACUAAGAUUAGAACUGAAGAACGUUGAAAAGGAUAAUGCUCAUUUCUUGUCAGUUUAUUAUCCUAGUUUCAUUGUCAAACGUAUAUGAAAGCUUAAACCUUCACCGUUGUACAAGGGGGGGAGAGAUGGAUUGGUUGGAAGUCUCCCUUGUGUUUUAUUUACCUUGCAAUAUUUUUCAAGGUUUUUACAUUUAAUAGAUAGCCUUCGUCUACGAGAUGCUGUUGAUAUCAUGGGAUACAUAUGCAAAUCGCGCUGUUGUGAUUCGGUGACGUCAACCAACAUGGCAGACUUGUUUUAGAUUUAUCGUUUUUUAUACUAUAAAUUUUGGCUUUUUAAAACAGCAGUAGCUUUCGAACUUGACAAAAAAUAGAAAAUAAGACUCAGAAAAUAGUUUAUAGGUUAACUGUAUUUCACUUUAAAAAUUAAAACCGUUAAUUCUCUCGUUGUUUACAUUAACCCUUAAACCACACUUUACUUGUUAUGACGUAAUAUCUCUUCACCUUUUAAAUAUGACUUUGGUUAUGAUGCUCAAACACGUGACAAUCAAUCC